GUUCGAGGCUGCUGUCUGCAGACGGUGACGGACAGAUUAAAUGCUGGUCGAUGUCCGAUCACCUGGUGAACAGCUGGGAGAGCGUCCUGUCCAGCUCUCUGGACGAGAUCCAAUCGUAG